CCUGGUACUACUCUAGAUGUACCCAUUGUAUAUCCACACCAUGAGUGCACGUUUGGACUUGUGCCCAAAGGCGGCUAGGUCAGUCCCGAAGGUUGAAGAUAUUAAACAAAUCUAGCUGGCCACCAUGAAAAGAAUAAGGACGGAAACUUUUUCAUACCCGUUUUGAAAAAGGGACGCCCCUCUUUUGACGUAUACACGUCAAGCCAUUCGUUAAGUUAUUGUUGAUAUUACAAUCAUGCCUGCUUUCCUCCUGAAGGCGGGCGCUUUGGCGCUUGCUUGUGCUGGCACGGUAGCUGCGUAAGUAUUUAUACUCCAAUAUGGUCAAUUCAUCUCACUAACAAUAUGUGAACAGGCACUCACACCCUUCAAGCAAUGGUACUCACUACACCAACACUUCUACGGUUGCCAGCCCAACCAUAUACAGCUCUGUUCCGUUGGAAACUUCAAUUUAUUACAUGGUCAAAAUUGGGACUGUCACUGAGUGUCCUACGAAAAUGGGCAGCUGCUCUAUUGGCGCCACCACGACUAGUACUAUGUAUGCAACCUUUCACUUUAUGUCGUUUGUUUGCAAACUCCCAUCCCCACCAAUCAAGAGAAUCUUCUAUUUUGCCUCCCUAACUUCCAGCGAUUUCAAUUCGACAAGAAACAUGUAUUAAUUAGUUACAGUACCUUACACACAACUAUAGGCCCUGUAUCUAAAGAUACAGCUACACUCAGCUGCAACAUCCCGCCAAAGACACAUGCCCCAGUUGUCCCCACGGGAGAGAUUGUCCCAGCAUGUCGUGGAGGUGUAGGAAGUCCAAUGUGUCCCUACAGAAACACUACGAGCGUUGUGUCUCGUCCAAUCUUCUCAUCUUCUUCUUCCAUCAUCCGCAAUUCAAGUUCCUUAAAGGUGGAAGAGAUCCCGAUCACUUUCGUCUCUUCAUGCGUUGGAGAAGGAUGCACAGGAGUUGCAAAACCAACAAGUUUCGUUCCCGCUCCUACUAUUCCCGCUCCUACUACAUUAGCUGACAACGGGGUUCUUCCUGCUCCCGCCAGCACUCUUAAUCUUGGAUACGUUUCCAUGCCAACUGGUGUAUCGCUUGGUAAGAUGCCUGCCAAUAUGCCAACUGGAGCCGCAUCUGCUAUUACGGAAGGCUCCAGUGCCCUCGUCUUUCUUUCUGGCUUGGUUGUGGUUUUGGCUAUGUAG